AUGGGUGGUAUCUCGAGGCGAAACUUUAAGAUGUUCAAAGAACUCUGUGGAGAAGCCACGCUGAAAAACGUGGUUAUCGUAACGAACAUGUGGGGAGAAGUGUCCCGGGAUGUUGGCGAAGCGCGGGAGUCUGAACUAAUGGGGGAGGACAAGUUUUUCAAGCCCGUGCUUGACAAGGGGGCCCAGCUCGUUCGAUACGACAACACUCCCGAAACAGCUCGUGCUAUUUUGCUUCAUUUGGUCCAGAAUCGGCCACUCCCACUCCGCAUUCAGACUGAGUUGGUCGAUCAAGGGAAGAGUAUAUCAGAGACCGCUGCUGGUGCAGAGCUCAAUCGUGAAAUGAUGGAACAGAUCAGGAAACACGAAAGAGAGAUGAAAGAGCUUCAAGAAGAGAUGAAAGCGGCAAUCAAAGCUAAAGACGAAGAGACGCGCAAGGAAUUAGAAGCCGAGACUAAGAAGCUACAGGCCGAGAUGUCACGGGUUCAGACCGAUGCUCAGAGGUUGGCUAGUGACUACACAGCGCAAAAGGCGGAGCUUGAAGAGAAGAUGGAGGCAGUCAAGCGAGCUGCCGAGGCGGAGAAAGUGGAACAACAACGCCGGAUUGAGGAACUUCGCCGCACGCUCGACGAGAACGCCAACUCCUCGAGUGCGGAAAGAGAGCACCUCCAGCGCCAGUUGAACGAAGCCAUCGCCCGCUACAAUCAACCGCGUGGAGGAUUUUUCAGUCUGAUUGGUCGAGCACUCGAUGGCUGGUUUGGUUGGUAA